AUGGACGCCGCAAAAAGUCAAUCUACGAAGGUGGAUUCUUGGUUCUUCCAAAACCUGGAUGAUAACACAGAGCCUUACUUGAGGCGUAUUUCGACCGGAAAUAACACACUCUCGGAUCGUUUGCAGUUCAACAUUGACGAUGGACAAAGGCUUACGGACCCUAUCAAGCCUGAUGAAGAUGAAGGAAAAUACCCUGAGGGCAUUACGCUAGUGCUAAUCAUACUUGCACUAGCACUAGGUCUUUUUGAGUUCGCUCUCGAUGCCACCAUCGUUGCCACCGCUAUCCCCGUCAUUACCACCGAAUUCAAAGCCCUCGCAGAUGCCGGCUGGUAUGGCUCUGCAUAUCUGAUGACGAUUGCGAGUUUUCAAGUGCCAUGGGGCAAGCUGUAUAAGUUCUUCAUUCCAAAGUGGAUCUUCCUGGCAGCGCUCAUCAUCUUCGCCGUUGGAAGUGUCCUCUGUGCCAUUGCCCCCAACAGUGCCUUCCUCAUUGCCGGGCGUGCGGUUCAGGGCAUUGGGGCUGCUGGUUUAACUGGCGGCGUCUAUGUAAUCCUGGCGCUCGUCACGCCUCGGAGCAAAACGCCGAUCUAUCUAGGCGCAUUCGGUGCCAUUUUUACUGGUGCGAGUUCACUUGGGCCUAUUAUCGGCGGCUUCCUCACAGAAAAGUUCUCAUGGAGGUGGUGGGCACCAUGGAAGAGCAUUGUGCGUCAGAUGGAUCUGAUGGGUGUGGUUCUUAUCACCGGCAUCAUCGCUCUAUUUGUCACUGCAAUGGAGUCCGGAGGCAUCAAACACGAGUGGGACUCUGGCUUCGUCGUCGGUACGCUAAUGGGAUCGAUCACUAUCGCCAUGCUCUUCGGGUUUGAGCAGUACUUCAUGAAAGAGGACGCCCUUUUGCAAGCAAGGUUCUUGGCCAACAUGAAGAUCGGCUUCCUCUGCGUAUUCGCAUUCAUGCUCAGCUCGGUUGCGUACUCAAUCCAGUAUAAUCUGCCAGUCUACUUCCAGGCAACCAAAGGAUUUACUCCCGCACAGAGUGGUGUCAACGUUCUUCCCCUGUUGAUUGGUGGAGUUCUAGGCUCUACGCUGAUCCUCACUCUUGACCCGGACUCUACACCAGUUCAGUACCUACUAUACCAGCUCAUAGUGGCCUUUGGCUAUGGCUUAGGAACCCAAAUUCCAGUCUUAGCUGUCCAGGCUACAGUCGAUGUGCAAGACGUGCCCCAGGCCACAAGUAUCGUCCUCCUAUUCCAACUUCUCAGUGGUGCACUUGCGGUAUCAGCAACUCAGAACCUCUUCAACAACAUCAUGUUGCAGAAUGCUCUGCGAAACGUCCCCAGUCUCACCGCUGCCCAGAUCUUGGCCGCGGGAUCUACGGAUUUGAAGAAACUCUUCUCCGCGGACAUUGCUCCUCGAAUAAUUGCAGCGUACACGGAAGGUCUUCGAGCAUCAUGGGCUAUGGGGAUUGGAUUCGCUGGCGGUGCUUUGAUUUCUGGGGUGUUUGUUGGAGCUUGA